AUGGGCAAUGCCUGUUGGGAAUUGUAUUGUUUAGAACAUGGUAUUCAACCUGAUGGUCAGAUGCCUUCUGAUAAAACUAUUGGUGCUGGGGACGAUUCCUUUAACACUUUCUUCAGUGAGACUGGUUCAGGAAAGCAUGUUCCGAGAGCUAUCUUUGUUGAUCUUGAAACCAGUGUUGUGGAUGAAGUUCGAACUGGAACUUAUCGUCAACUUUUCCAUCCAGAACAACUCAUCACUGGUAAAGAGGAUGCUGCUAAUAACUACGCCAGAGGUCAUUAUACUGUUGGCAAAGAACAGAUUGAUAUUGUGUUAGACAAGAUAAGAAAAAUGGCAGACAACUGCACUGGACUGCAAGGCUUUCUCAUUUAUCACAGUUUUGGUGGAGGAACAGGGUCUGGAUUUACAUCGUUGCUGAUGGAACGCCUAAGCCUGGACUAUGGUAAGAAAUCCAAGCUGGAGUUUUCCAUAUAUCCAGCUCCACAGAUUUCAACAGCUGUCGUGGAACCAUAUAAUGCUAUAUUAACGACUCACACAACCAUCGAGCACUCUGAUGUCUGUUUCAUGGUUGAUAACGAAGCUAUUUAUGACAUCUGCCGUCGUAAUCUAGACAUCGGCCGUCCAACAUACACCAAUCUUAACCGUAUCAUUGGUCAAGUUGUUAGCUCUAUUACUGCAUCACUUCGAUUUGAUGGGGCUUUGAAUGUUGAUUUGAAUGAAUUUCAAACAAAUCUUGUGCCUUAUCCAAGAAUUCAUUUCCCACUCACAACUUAUGCACCUAUCAUAUCUGCUGAGAAAGCUUAUCAUGAACAACUGUCAGUUGCGGAACUUACAGCCAAAUGCUUUGAACCAGCUAACCAAAUGGUCAAGUGUGAUCCUAGACAUGGUAAAUACAUGGCCUGCUGUCUAUUGUAUAGAGGGGAUGUUGUUCCUAAAGAUGUUAAUGCGUCUAUUGCCUCGAUGAAGACUAAGAAAACCAUCCAAUUUGUUGACUGGUGCCCUACUGGUUUCAAGGUUGGUAUCAACUACCAACCACCAACUGUUGUACCAGGAGGUGAUUUGGCUAAGGUUCAAAGAGCUGUAUCAAUGUUAAGCAAUACAACAGCAGUUGCAGAAGCUUGGUCUCGCCUCGACCACAAAUUUGACUUGAUGUACGCUAAAAGAGCUUUUGUACAUUGGUAUGUUGGUGAAGGUAUGGAAGAGGGUGAAUUCUCUGAAGCUAGAGAAGAUUUAGCUGCUCUAGAGAAAGAUUAUGAAGAAGUUGGCAUUGAUGGAGCAGAUGAAGAAGAAGAAGGUGAAGAAUAUUAA